AUGCCAGUUAUUUGCCAAAUACAGUCAAUAUGGGCUGAUGAUGGCCGAAUUUAUUUUUUGCAAGGAUCUGCUCAACCUGCUGGUCAAGGAAAUAAUGCUAUAAUUGCUGCUAAAAAUGCCGACAUUCCUAAUGGAAUUUUCAUGACUCGGCAUAGUUGUGACAUGAAAUUUUCUUAUCUUAGCGAAAAUUUCACUUAUAUUCUAAAACAUGAAACUCGUUCAUUAAUCGGUACAUCUUUCUAUUGCCUAGUAUUUCCAACUGAUAUAAAUCGUGUAGCUUCGUCGAUACGAGAAAUGCUCGUUAAAGGUCAUUCGCAAACACCCUAUUAUAGACUGAUUAGCAAUAAUGGUUCAAUUAUUUGGUUACAAACCGAGGCGACCGCAGUCAGUCACACUUCGAAGGGCCGUAAAGGCCAGAUUCAAAAUGAACGAGAAUUUCUCAUUGAUAGUAAUCAGAAGGUUGCAAGAAAUGAAGCUCCUUUCAACGAGAAGGAGGAUAGUUCAGACCUAAGGAAAGACUAUGAUGAAGUACUUCAAUUUUUUCGCCACCAACCAAACAAUAAUAUACCAAAAGCAACGAAUUUUUGUUCAGCGGAGGGCCAAAUGCAAAGUGUUCCUCGGAAAACUUGCGAUGAAUCGGACCCUUCACUCACUCGAGCAACAGUAUUUGUCGCUCAGCUCAAUUCUCCUGAAUCCAAUACAGAUGACCUCAUAUAUGGAAAUAAUUCUUCUAGUCCUUACGCUCAAUUCGAUUAUAAUCCAUUAACUUCAACAGAAUCAGUAAUUGAGCCUCGAUCACCCACUGGGUCAGUUACUAAUACAUCAGGUAUCAGGACGGUGCAAGAUUGUUCGGACAUCGUGCAAAAUUUGCCAAAUAAUUUUUGCACUGAUUCAUUACUUAAUACUCUUCUAUUACCCUCUGUUUCAGGCACUUAUCCAUUAUCAAAUGCUGAUGUUAUUCAUAGUCGGUCAACGGGAACCACAAGUGUGCAAUCCACCGUUCCUGUUAUCAGUGCGAGAUAUAUCAGGUCGUUAGGAUAUGAACCAUUUGUUCAAUCUUCAGUUGCCUCAUGCCACAAUCCUCCAUACAUAAUCCAAACAGCAAAUAAUGCUCAUACAAAGAUGGAAAAUCAUGGCGUUUUCAAAAGUAGUGGCGAUGACCUUCCAAUGUUGGCACCAUUCAUUGCACAUGACGAUGUGAUGCAGCUUACGACAGAUCUGCAUGGCCUCUUACCAGACUAUAGCAUUACUGAAUGGAUGUUAUCUGAUCCGUUGAGCCUUCAAACGACUCUGGGUGUUUCCGAAGAUUGUUCCGCAGCAAGAACGAAAUCAUUGGCUGAAGUGAAUACUAUCUCUGAAUUAAAUUCGCCUCAAAGUCAGCAAUUAAUUUUUGAUAAAUUUUCUUUCGAUGAGCAAAAUCUCGCUCAUGAACAGAAAUCAGCAAUUCAAGCUGCAUUCUUGAAUAGCAUUAAUGGUCAAACGAUUGGAUUUAACGUCGGACCUAUUUCACAGCGAUAG